UUUUUUUCCCAAUCUCCUCCUCCUCCUCCUUCGCCCUCUUCUCUCCAAGACUCCAACCUCCUCCCCCCUCGCAGCUGCCUCCAAUGCCUCUUUCCGCCCUAAUCGCGGCGGUUCUCCUCCUCCUCGCCGCCUCCGGCCGGGCAUUGGCGGCUUCCCAAGAGCUUCCCCUCUUCCGCGAGGCCCCUGCCUUCCGCAACGGUCCCGGCUGCGCCGCCGCCCCCACCAUCCACAUCGCCAUGACUCUCGACGCCGCCUACCUACGGGGCUCCCUCGCCGGUGUGCUCUCCGUCCUCCGCCACGCCUCUUGUCCCGAAUCCAUCGCCUUCCAUUUCCUCGCUACCCGGCCGCGACGUUUCCGCCCCGCCGUCGCGACCUCCUUUCCCUCCCUCGCCUUCAACGUCUACCGCUUCGAUCCGGACCUCGUUCGCGGCCGCAUCUCUUCCUCCGUCCGCCGCGCCCUCGACCAGCCGCUCAAUUACGCGCGCAUCUACCUCGCCGACAUCCUCCCCAGCUCUGUCCGCCGCGUAAUCUACUUCGACUCUGACCUCGUGGUGGUCGACGACGUCGCCCGCCUCUGGGCAACCGACCUAUCACCUGACCACAUCCUCGCCGCCCCAGAGUACUGCCACGCCAACUUCACCUCCUACUUCACCGACCGAUUCUGGUCCGACCCGGUCUUCCCCGGCGCUCUCGCUGGUCGCCGCCGCCCGCCCUGCUACUUCAACACCGGAGUCAUGGUCAUGGACCUCGACCGCUGGCGCGCCGGCGGGUACACCCGGAAGCUGGAGUCCUGGAUGGAUAUCCAGAAGCGCGAGGCGCGGAUCUACGAGCUGGGCUCGCUGCCCCCUUUCCUACUCGUCUUCGCCGGCGAGGUAAAGGGGGUGGACCACCGGUGGAACCAGCACGGCCUCGGCGGCGACAACGUGAAGGGCCUAUGCCGCGAUCUUCAUCCGGGGCCAGUAAGCCUCCUCCAUUGGAGCGGUAAGGGGAAACCCUGGCUUCGCCUCGACGCCGGCAGCCCCUGUCCCCUCGACGCGCUCUGGGCGCCCUACGACCUCCUCCGCCGCGACGACCGCGACGACCUCUUUGCCGACGUCUGACCUCCACCGCUCUUCUCUCCCUACCACCGUGCUCCGUCAGCCGGCGUCGCUGACCAGUGCGAUCGGAUCGGCUUACCGCUGGCGCACCGGGGCGAGCGGGCGGUUGGGUUCGACUUCGAUCGAACAAUUGGCACGUGACGAGUCAAAGAGUUGAACGCGUAACAGCUGGCGCCGGGUCCGUGAGCGAUUAAAAUGACACUGGCAACCGGCGUUAAGCGGUGAUCGGUGGCGUACCUUUUCGCUUUAAUUUAAUUUAAUUUAUUUUUUACGAGUUCAUCCAGUUGCAUAGAUAAAGUUUUCACAAAUUUUGGCGGGGACUCUGAAAUAAUGAAGAAAGCUGACAGACAGAGAUGAUAGAAAUUAUUUUGUAUUAUUAUUUUUUUUUUAAAUUUUUUUGUUAUGGUGUUCCAGUUCGUUGUGGUGGAAGCCAGUGAGAUGGCUGCUUUUUUAUAUGAAAAAAAGGCAAUUCCCCCCAUUUUUAAAUGGCUGUGACUUGAGAAAGGAGGGUAUAGUAAUUGUAUCUGCUGGCAUCUUGUGAAGGUGGCAAGGAAUCCAUUGACAAGUGAACUUACAAAAUUGCCUCCAUGAAUGGAUUGUUCUUUUCUGGCUCAAAAUUUUUGUUGAAGUUGUUUAUUGCAACUUUCUUGCACCUAUAAUAGUUAAAGUUCUAAAUCAAUUUUAUUUUAUAAUUUUUAAUAUACCGUGGAAUACAAAAUUAUAUUCUCUCCUCAGCUAAAAAAUGUCUUUACAAACUUCAUACUUCAUUAUUAAUUAUAUAUUGACUUCACUCACAUGAUUAAUUUUGAGAGAAAUAAAUUUGAAUUUUCUAGUAUUCUUAUACUACAAAUCUCAAAUCUUAUGUCCACAUUGAUUCUAGUUUUUUCAUCUUCAGCUUUUUAGUCUCAUAAAUCUCUCAAGAAACCUUAUACAGGAUACUCUUAUUUUAGAACAGAUGAUGAAGUUGAUACAAGCAUGCAAGUCUCUAUUAGUAUUCUAAAGACCAUUUUCUCUAUUGACUUUGGGAUAGAUUAACGGGACGGCUAGGGGUGAGCGCAAUAGCCUUUUGCGACGUGUGUGAAAUCAUGUGGACUUUCUUUCCAUUGGAAUUUGUAACAACCAAAGCAACCUCUGCAAGUAAACUUAACGCAGGAGGAUUCUUCAGUUUCAUUUAUUCAAAUGAUUCUGUCUCAUUCAAUUUAGUCAAGAUAGAUUGCCAUGCUAUUUAUUGGGGGGAAUUGCGUGAGUAACUCAGUUUUCCAUCUUCUUUCACUUAUUAAAUUUAAACUAGUUUUUUUUUCCUAAUGACUUGAGAAAAUUUGAUUCUCCUUUUCUGUAAUUGCACCACAUCAUUCAUUUUCCGUCAGACAAAUUACAGCUUAACAUCUUUGACAUCAUCUUUGAUAUCUCAAUAGAAUCUAAAAAACAAGGUGUUACCUAACUUCUUGUUAGCUGACAACCCGUGCAGAACUUGACUGUUAGCUAGCGGAGAUUGUUAGAUAUGGAUGUAUAAAAGAAGCUGCAGGCCUUGUUAUUUCCAUCAAAGGCAAGCUCGUUUAGUAACUGCCCUUCAGAGCUUUUCUAAGUCUCCUUUUUCAUCAGCCAUGGAAGGAAGCAUCGGCAGCCCAAUAGAGAGCAGGAUCGCAGUGGUUUCUGGAGGCAACAAGGGCAUUGGACUGGAGAUAUGCAGGCAAUUAGCGUCCAGCGGAGUCAGGGUGAUACUGACAGCCCGAGAUGUGUCACUGGGAAUGGAAGCUCUGGAGAAACUGAAAGAAUCUGGACUAUCGAAUGUAAUCUUUCACCACUUGGAUGUGACUGAUGCCUCCAGCAUCGAUUCGUUGGCCGACUUCAUAAAGACUCAGUUUGGAAAACUCGACAUCCUUGUAAAUAAUGCUGCAGUUGGAGGAUUAACUGUAGACUUCAGUGCUCUAAAAGAAUCGAGACCCACGGAUCAUGAGAAUGAACGAGACACAGGUGAGAUACCUGAGUGGCUUCAGCCACAUGUCGUGCAGACUUACGAAAUGGCAGAACAGUGUCUGAGGACCAAUUACAAUGGCAUUAAAGCUGUCACAGCAGCGUUGAUUCCGCUUCUCCAAUCAUCUGAUGAAGGAAGGAUCAUCAACGUGUCAUCGACCCUGGGGCAGCUUAGGGUACUGUUUUGCUCUACUUUAGCCUCAAUUAAUCACAAGUAAAUCGUUCUUAGCUUCGGUUUGCAGGUUAUUUCAAAUGAAGAGCUUCAGAGGGAGCUGUCGGAUGUGGAUUCCCUGACAGAGGAGAGGCUGGAUGAGGUGAUGCAGCUGUUUCUGAAGCAUUUCAAGGAUGGCGAGUUGAGGAACCAUGGUUGGCCAACCAUGGCGGCGGCGUACAAAGUCUCUAAAGUGCUCAACAAUGCCUACACUAGGGUUCUUGCCAAGAACCUCCCGAGCUUAUGCGUUAACUGUGUGAAUCCUGGCUUUAUCAAGACGGACUUGAAUUAUAACAGCGGGAUCUUGGGUGUUGAAGAAGGUGCCAGAGGACCGGUGCUGUUGGCGCUGGGAUGCCAUGGAAAAGCCACUGGUCAUUUCUUUGAUCAGGAUAAGCUUUCAGACUUUUGACCUGUGGAUGGGGCUUGUAAUUGAUAUAUAUGGUAAAACGGUUAGUUAGAGUCCUAUAGUCAAUCAUUUGAUGAUUAUUGUAUGGACUCAUUGUAUCAUAUUCUUAUAUAUAAAUAAAGACAUUUAUUUUUGGUUAUUA